AUGGGCGCCGCCGACGAAGCCCCGCUCCUCCUCGACCCGUCGAUCCGGGACUGGGUCGUCCUGCCCAUGGUCGCCAUCAUGGUGCUCAUGGGCCUCUGCCGCCACUACGCGCAGAUGUGCCUCAAGUCGUCGAACCCCAUGGACGCCGAGGAGAUCAAGCACAAGCAGACCCUGGGCCGCGUGUCGAGGCUGCGGAACCGGGGCGCGCGGCUCCUGCCCGCGGCGUCGUUCAACGCGCGCAAGGCGUACUUCGCGGACAAGACCAAGGGCCUGCUCACGAAGAAGGUGAAGAAGAGCGGCGUGAACCCCAUGUCGAACCCCAUGGGCAUGGUCGACCACAUGAAGGGCAACAUGCUCUACAUGCUGCCGAACAUGGUCAUGAUGGGCAUCAUCAACUUCUUCUUCCAGGGCUUCGUCAUCUGCAAGGUGCCCUUCCCGCUCACGAGCCGGUUCAAGGUCAUGCUCCAGCGCGGCGUCGACCUCGCGACGCUGGACGUGUCCUACGUCUCGUCCCUGAGCCUCUACUUCCUCCUCAUGUUCGGCCUCCGGGGCUUCUUCAAGAUCGCCCUCGGCGAGGACAGCGACUCCCUCGACGAGUCGCGCGCGAUGCAGAUGCAGAUGGGCAUGGGCAUGGGCGGCCCGGGCCAGAUGUUCGACGCGCCGGGCGCCUUCAAGCACGAGCGCGAGGAGCUGGCCAUGACCCAGCACGCCUGGGCGCUGGAGGACGUGGAGCUGAACCUCGUGGGCGCCAAGGUCGCCGCGCGCGUCGCGAACGCGCGCGGCGGGGCCGCGCCGGCCAAGGGCGCGGCGAAGCCCGGCGUCCGCGUCAAGAAGAUCCGCAAGGUCAAGAAGACGGCGUAA